AGGAGUGGCAGCGGAGCUCGGCGGCGGGGAAGGCGUGUGUGCGGCCGACUGAGAGGCUGGUCCAGGGGUCUAAGGUUGGGGAGGCGGCAGUCCCCAGGAAGCGAGGAAGGGGACGCCAAGUGCCGCAGCUCCGCCUCAGCGCUCUUAAGACGAGGGUGCCGGGUCCGCGGCUCAUCUUUCGGUCCCUGAGGCCCAUUAGCUACCAGGCUGGGCUUGCCUCUCCCGGUGAGGAAAAGAGGACUUUUUGGGAUGGCGGUGACGCUUCAAGAGCUUUCCUGCAAGGACAGCGACCCUCACGGAUUUCUGACGAUGAAGGGGAAAGGAGAAUGGAAAAUACGCGAGAUGGACAAGCUUAUUGAGUGCAUGUAUUCAUUUAGCAAGUGUUUAUUGGCCGGGCACUGUUUUAGCCGUUAGGGAGACAACAGUGAACAAGGUAGUUGCAAUCACUUGUCCUCGUGGAGCUUUCGCUUUAACAGGGGAGACAAAAUUAUCACGUAGGGUUAGGUUAUAUAAAGGAAGUCAAGGAGAAUAAGAGGAUCGAGUUUGACUAGGACGUGUUGGCUGUUUUAGAUAGGUAGUCAGGAAAGGUCUCUGAGGAAGUGACAUUUGAGCAGCGAUCUGAAUGAGGAGGAACCAACCAAGGCGAGAUCUGGGGUGUGGGGGGAGGGGAGGAGGAGGGAAGAAUUUUGCAAGCAGGUAGAAUCAACAGGGCGAAGCCUCCGAUGCUGGAAUAACCUUUGCUGUUUAACAGAAACUGCAAGAAAGAAGACCAGCGUAGUCAAGCGGAGCUAGACAGAUCUCUCCCAUAUAUCCAGUGUAGCUGGUUUCAAAACUUGUCUGAGAGGUACACCUUCCUCCAGACCAGCACAGAAAAGAGCUUGAGAUCUACUACCCUUGUAACAGACACUUCAGGAAAAAAAGGUUUUACCGAAGAAAUAUCUUACAGAUUUGUUGCAUUUCUGAGAUUAAUAUUUACAGUUUGGAGUUGUCAGCUUUCUCAUGAGAUAUAUUUUGGCAGUCCCAAUGGAAGCUUUCUUUGACGUUUUAGAACAAUUAUACAAGAAGGUACUUCUGGGAGCCACACUUGAAAAUGAGAACCAUGAUUACAUCUUUUAUCUCAACCCAGCAUCUUUGGAUCAAGAUUGCUCUACAGCCGCCUCUUCAGAAUGCCCAAACCCCCAUGGAGUCCAGGACAAGCAUCAGCCAUCCUCUGCCAAUUUGGCUACCAUUUCUGCAGUGCCUGUGUGUUUGAAGAAACACUCGCCGAUACGCAGCGCCCGGGAAGUAAUGCUCCUUCAGUUAACAGUAAUCAAAGUGAUGAUAACCAGAAUAUUGUCUGUUGAAACUGACUUCCGUGCGAAGGAGAAAUACAGAGAUACAAUUAAAGUUCUUUUAAAAUCAUCUGACAUCGAUUCUAAAUUAACCUGUAUGUUCCAAAACUCGGAUAAAUUGUUAUCUCACAUGGCUGCAAAGUGCCUUGCACUACUUCUGUAUUUCCAAUUGAGAGAAAAGAUAACAUUUAGUAAUUCCUGGAUUGCUUUUUGCCAAAAAAAUCUUUCUGAAUACCCUGAAAAUGAGAAAGCAGUAUACUGCCUCUGGACCCUUACUGUUAUAAUAAAAGAAAUCUUUAAAGAUACAUGUUCACAAAAAACAGAAAUUUUAAAGCAGUUCUUGACUCCUUUUGACACUAUUUUUGAAGUUUUUUACAAUUCGUUAUUUUCUCAGCAUUUUGAAAGCUGCCAAGAUACCUCUAAAAUAAUAAACAGCUUGAUAUGUUUCCUGGAAUUACUUGAACUUCUUAUAGCUUCCAGAAUCCAUCUGAAGCUACAUUUCACUUGCCAGAGGAUUUUAUUUUUGAAACCUUCUUGUGUGCUAGAUGUUAUUACCUGGCCUGUUCAGGCUUUUGUCAAAAGGAAGUUCAUCAUAUUCAUCAAAAAGUGCCUACUCUGGAAAGUGGGCGAAGACCUUUGUCGGGGAUCUAGCCCUGUCCUAAUGCCACCAGAUCGGCAUUUAGAUGUAGAUAUGUUGGCUUUAGCUGAUGCUGUUUUGCGAGCUGUGGAUUUGGGCUUAUUGAGGACGUUGUCUGUCCAUGGAAAACCUCCCUGCUUUGGUGGAGAUGAAAUUCAACCUACAUGUGAGCGUGUCCCUGGUCCAGAUCAUGUUAUUCUCAGAGCAGCAAGCCUACUUAUCAUUAAAUCCGUAGAAAUCAAGUUUCAAAGUUGUGCUUCAGCAGAUGAAAUGAAAGUUGAUUUACAGAGUUUCAUGUGUGAGUUACUGACCUUCUUAAAGCCUCACCUUCAGCCCUCCCUUCAGUCACACAAUCUAUGUGAGUGGAUCUCCAAGGUCUUCAUAGAACAAGACGAUGACAUGCUGGAGGCUGCCAAAGCGUCACUGGGCAUCUACCUAAAGUUGACCAGACAAUGUAAAGCUACUGAAAGCUCGACUCAAGAAAAAGAAAUGUGGAACCAUCACACACAUGAGUAUGGCUAUAAUCCACACUGUAUUUUCUUAUUCUUACUGAAAAACAUAGGAUUUGAUUCUUCAGUUCUUCUUGACUUUUUGAUUUCAUCGGAAACCUGUUUCCUUGAAUAUUUUGUUAGAUAUUUAAAAUUACUGCAAAAAGACUGGGCUCAUUUUUUCACGAUUUGCAAGUAUUUUGACGUAACCGAAUCUAAAGAUAGCAUAAAUAUUUGUGGUUGUAGCUCCUCACUUGUCCAAGACAGAAGUAGCAACCAAACAGAACUUAGCCCUUCAGCUGCUCCUGGUAGUCCCAGAAGUGCUCAUGCUUCGAUCUCCUGGGCUUCUAAUGUUUCUUCUGGAUCUCUGAGCCAUCUUGUGAUAUCCAAGGAGACCCAUGCCACGCUCCAGGCUGAUAAUCUGCCUCCCCUACGAGCUUCUCAAAGUCUGGUAGAUUAUGACAGCUCUGAUGAUUCUGAAGCAGAAGGCACAGACCAGCACUCAGCAAACAGUAAACAAACAUCUUUACACCAAGAAGCAAUGAAGAAAUCUCAGGACCCAGUUGGAACAGGUACGGAUAAAAAACAACUUCGCCUAGAGCCUCAAUCAAGGCCUCUGGUUCCAAAACAGUCUCAUAGUCCCUUCUCUGUUGAUUGUGAUAGAGUCCCAAAUAACGUCUCCAAAGUGGGAAUAUCUUACACAACACUGAAGUGCUUUGAAGAGCUACAAGGUGCCAUUUACCGUUUGCAGAAGAAAAAUCUUUUCCCGUAUAAUGCCACGGCACUUUUGAAGUUGUUAAAACAUAUUGAGGCAAUAUAUAACGAGAGUAUGAACGCUUUGUAAAACAGUAGCAUUUUAUUUCCAGGAACUGUUUUUCCCUGCUAUAAAUUGUGCCUUAAUGAGAUAAUCGUAAAAAUAAAUAAAUAAAUACCCUCAAAAGCAUUUUCUAAAUCAAGUCUGUCCUUUUGCCCUUUUCAGAGUAGCCUAGUGACUGACAGAGAUACCUCAAAUGACAAGUCACCUGAUAACGGUUUUAUGUCACUUGAAAUUUACAGUGGUUCAGACCUAACACAAAUUUGAGAUGGAUAUUCUAUUAGUUUGCUAGGGCUGCUGUUAACAAAUUACCACAAACUCAGUGGCUUAAAACAAUGGAAAUAUAUUCUCUUGUAGUUCUGGAGACUAAAAGUCCGUAAUCAAAGUGUCAGCUGGGCCAUGCUUUCUCUCAAGGCGCUAGGGAAGAAUCCUUCCCCUCCUCUUCCUGUCUUCUGGUGAUUGCUGGCACUCCUUGGUGUUCUAUAACUUGGAGCUGUGUCAGUCCAGUCUCUUCCUCUGUUGUCACGUGAGGUUUUCCCUGUGUGUCUGUAUCCAGUUUCCCUCCUGUAGAUACCAGCCCUGGAUUAGCAUCCACUCAUCCAGUGUGACCUCAUCCUAGCUUGAUUACAUCGGCAAAGACCCUACCUCCAAAUAAAGUCACAUUCACGGGUUCUGGGUAGAUGUGAAUUUUGGGAGGGACACUAUUUAACCCAGUAUACUUAUUAUUUCCCUCAGUUAUUUACUUGUAAUGGGAUGUGUAAAAAAAUCUUAGCAGGUUUUUUUUAAGAGAGGAGAUGAGUUCUCUGUAUUUUUAGGUGUAUGGUCUAUUCUGUGAACAUGAGUCUAUUCUUUAAAGCAAAUUUUUAAUCAGUAGAUAGUUUUCCUAUUUAAAAUUGUUGUGAGGGGUGCCUGGGUGGCUCAGUGAGUUAAGUCUGACUCUUGAUCUCAGCUCAGGUCUUGAUCUCAGGGUCAUGAGUUCAGGCCCCACAUUGGGCUCCAUACUGGGCGUGGAGCCUACUUAAAAAAAUAAUAAAAAUAAGUAAAAAUAAAUUGUGAUAUGAAUAAUUAUAUUCUGCAUUCUUUUUGAGAGGAGGCAGUAAGACUGUGGUAAUCAGAACAGGUCAGUACUCAUUCAGGUGGAAAUGGAAAGAUCAGCGGAACUAAAUAGAGAAUUCCUACUUAAGAUAGCAAUGAGAUGCUAAUGGUAGUGGAAAUGCAGAGGUCAAAAAGUUUGGUAACAGAGUUGGUAUACACUGGGGUAGUUUCUACAUAAUUUAAGAAACACAUUAAAGAAAGUGUAUUCAGGAGUAUUUGAGGCACAUUGUUUACAAAAGCAAAAGAUAAAUAUCUGGUUAAAUAAGAUAAUAUAUAUACUCAGUAGAAUACUAUAUACUUGUGGAAAGAAUGAGCUGUAUCCAUGUUUACAUCUGCAGUAAAAAACAAAAGUGAAUAUAUGGGCCUCCCAUUUGUUUAAGAAAAGAAGGGAGCAAGUGUAAUACACUUAUACAUUUAUAUAUGCUUUCCUGUGUUUAUAAAAUAUUUAUAUAAGAAUAUAUGAGAGUCCUAACAGUGGUUACCUUGAGAAACAGAUCUAAAGUAAAAGAUUUGACUUCUCAUUAAAUACCUUCUUUUACUUUUUUAUUUAUUUGUUUUUAACUGGGUACAGAGAUUUUUUUUUAAGUGAAAAUAAGUUUUUUUCAGAAAAGCAAAAAAACAAACGUGAUUCUUUAUGCUUCUAAGGGUAUACACACGUUGAAUGCCUUAAAAGCCAUGCAUGUACAGAUGUGGUUUUGAGCUGUGUUUCUCUAUAAGGUUAAUAAGGAACCAUCAGCCACUUGUUAUAUCUAAAAUGAGGGGAAGGGCCAUCUGCGUACGCUGAGUGCUGGUAUUUCAGUCUCUGACCCUUGGGUAUAAGUCAAUUUGUCACACACUCUCAGGAAGCCCUAGUAGUGGUGAAGGUGACUGACGUUGGCUAUCCUCAGCCGUUCAGAAUAUCCAAGAGCUCUUUUGAGUUAGUCUGUAAAGGAACACCAAACUAAUGAUACUUGCACAAUGAGUUCCCAGCCUGUAGCUCCACCUCUUCUUGAAGUGAACACACACGUGUGUCCGAGUGAGCACAAAGUAUCAUGAGUCUAAUUUAUUGUUUUAACUAAAAAUAGAUAAAGAACACAUAUAAGUAUACAGCUUGAUGGAUAUUCAUAAACAACAUACCUGUGGAACCAGUAACCUCAUCAAGAAACUCCUGGCACCCCAGAAAUUCUGCCUGGAUCCCCUUCUGGUCACUAUCCACUUGGAAAGGCAACUAUCCCGAAUUGGGAAAACAUAGACUAAAUUUUGCCCGGUUUUGUCUUUAUAUAAAUGGAAUCAUAGGGUAUGUGUUCUUUUAUGUCUGACUUCUUGAACAUUUUGGGGGAAUGGGUUCGAAUUUAUUUUUUAAAUAAUUGCCAGAUAGCUGCCUUGCAGCUGUUAUUAAUAACAAAAUACUUGUAACACCCCCAAAUUGUCUUUGGGACUCCCAGCCUGGGAGGAUGGUGAAAUUAACAAACUGGUUGAAACAAAAUACAGACUCAAAACAGGUUAUGCAGGGCCCUUGUGCAAUUGGCCCCAACCUGCUUCUCCAGCCUCACCUAUCGUUCUCCCCCCACCCACCGUCUUAACAGCACAACCUUUUGUCUUACAGAUUCAUUCCUCAAGCCCCAUCUUUUUUUUUUUUUUUUAAAGAUUUUAUUUAUUUAUUCAUGAGAGACAGAGAGAGAGAGAGGCAGAGGGAGAAGCAGGCUCCCAAGGAGCAGAGAGCCCGAUGCGGGACUCGAUCCCAGGACCCUGGGAUCAUGACCUGAGCCGAAGGCAGACGCUUAACCAUCUGAGCCACCCAGGCGCCCCUCCUCAAGCCCCAUCUUAAAUGCUGGCUCUGUGAAGCCUUCCCCCACUGUUCUGAAUCAUUGGGUCUUACCUGCUUUCUAUUCUCUUAACUGUGUUCUUUCCUGUAUUGUAGCAUUUGUCACCUAUUUUAAUCAUUAGUCAGUCUUCAUGUGCCAAGCUCUUUUUGCAUAGUCCCUAGUGGAGAGCAUCAUGUCUGUCCCAUUAUAAGCAUCCCACAAAUGUUGACUCAAUGGGAAUAGAGCCCUCUCCAAGGACUUGAUAAUCUCCUGGAGGAGACAGGCGUGCAGAGGCUUACCUUUAACGUUCCCAUGGUACUUCCUAUGUGCCAGCCACUGUGGUAAGUGCUCUAAUAAUCCUCACCAUAAUGUUGGAGGGCAGGUACUAUUAUAAUCCCUGUUUUGCAGAUGAGAUUAAAUAACUAGGCCAAGAUUACCCAGCUGAUCAAGUGGCAGAGCCAAGAGAAUUGAUCCAGGCAGUCCGGUUCCAACAUCCUCUCAUCCUCUUCUUCAUGAUAAGUUGUGCCAGAAAGGGAUAUUGCGGGGGGGGGGGGGGGGGGGGGGCGGUCAGAUCAUCCAGGACCUUUGAUAAGGAGUUUGGACUGUUUUAUAGGCAAUAAGGUUUUUGAGUAAAUGACGGGUUUUCUGUUUGGAAAAAAGUGACUUUGGUAGCAAUAUAGUGGCUAGGUGGACAAGUAGCAAGAUUGGAAAGAGUCCUGCAGAAACUCCACUGGAGUUAAGGGCAGUGGAAAUGGAACAGGGGCAGCAAGUCCUGGCUGAGUACCUGCAUCCAGCUCUCCCUGCAGAGACCCACUGCAACAAGAGUAAAGGAGCCAAAAUCAGGAGCAAUGAGACACAAGACUGACUUAGCAGACCUAAGAAAACCAAAUCCUUAGCUGCAAUGGAGAAAAAUGAGAAGCAUCCUGGUUACCAGGUGGAUCCCCCUGAAGACUUUGGAGUGUCAAGUACUACACUGUAAACCAAGGAAUGGUUGAUUGAAAGCCUAUUCGAGAAUUAUUUCUAGAUCCUCUGCCUGAUUUCAUGUAGUUAAGCCAUUGUGCACUCCCUGAAUCAGGUACAUGAGAAGCUUACUUCCCAGAGAACGUAAAACAGGGUCUCAGGACUGGGGAACACCAGGCACAUCUGAGGAUAGGCAUAGCACACUGAAAAUGGGAUUAAUUAGACAACUGAAUGUUGAGAACCACUGCUGUCCCCAGCCUUCUCCCCCAAGAGACCAGAUGUCACUUUUCUGAGGAAUCUGACCAAUCCAAAGAAAAGAUCUGAGGAUACACUGGAGGGUCCCCCAGAGAAAUUUCUCCACCAACUAACCCUACUCUGAAGCCCAUGGUCACAAACUGCACCCAUGUGCAUAGACUUCCUGAUGGGCAUUUAAAUGCCCAACUCUUAAGUAUGAGUGAACAGCCAAGGAUCAUCAAGCAUUUGGGGAAACUCUCUAAACAUGGAAGAGAAGCCAAAACAAACUAGACAGAUAAAGCGGGGAGGAAGUUAGUCUGUGAUUAUCCUCAGAGAUAAGUGGUUGUAAAAGAUAAUACAUUAAAAAUAAACUUUGUAUAAAUGAAUAAUAUGAUAGCAGAAAUGGAAAAUAACAGAAAUGUAGUCUAAGUUGAGGAAAUCUAGAAAGUACAGCAACACGACAAAGAAACUGGAAGACAGGAGAGCAAAAUUAUAAGAAAAUUCGAGGACCCGUCCACAAGUUUCAAUAACUGAAUAAUGGAAGUUCCAGAAAGAGCAAAAAAAAGACGUGGAAAGUAAACAGUACUAAAGAAAUUCAAGAAAAUUUUCCAGAACUAAAAGACUUUGCGUCUUAAAACAAUGUAUGCAUAUAUAACUGAAAACAAACAAACAAAAAUCUAAAUUUUUAAAAGGGGAGAGAGGAUCAACCUGAGACAGGAGCCAUUUUUUUACUCGUGUGGCUGAAGCUCCUGAUGUUCACAGAAAUAAGGAAGUAGAAAGUCUUGUGAGGAAGGAAAUGAGUUCAGUUUUCCCCUGAGUGACUUCAGGCUUUCAUCAGCACAUGUUGAUGUCCAGCAGACAGACAGAAGUCCUGUGUUGAAAGAAGGAUGGUGCUCAAGCAAACACAGGAGGCAGAUGCAGAGAGGUCUGAUGAGAAUCACGGGGCAAGGCGUGAUCACCCUGAGACUAGAGAGAGGAGGGAGAAAAGGCCUAGAUAGAAGAAGGAGGAAAGGGAAAGGACAAGGACAGAAGAGCAAGAAAUACUCUGAGGAAACUGAGGGUUUAGGCAGGGCUUUGAGAAGGAAAAUCCAUAUGGAGUUGAGUAUCUCUGAGAAGAAGCACUGGGUGCUUUGACCCUUAGGUCGCUGUUGGUGAAGUCUGAGAGAGCAAUUCUGCACAGGAGAGGAGAGAGGAGAAAACACAAGGACAGUGGUUGUCAACAUAUGUGUGUUCUCUGUACCAUCUGAAUAGUGGGAUUUUUUGGUGGCAUCUUUGAAGUGAUAGAAAGGCUGAAAAGCACACCAUCCCAAGUCAACAACAAUGUGAACACCAUCCCCAAAGGUACUGUUCUUCUAGUCGCCAAGCACCUCCUCACGCUCUGGUCUGACCGGCUGUUACUCCUUCCACCUCUUAUCAGGCUGCAUUCAGCAGACUUGGACGGCCCAGGUGUUGGGAAACUUGACCUAAAUACAACUUUAAUUGGUCUUGUCAUUUAUGACAGUGUACAAAGUUGUCUUGCUCUAUUAAAAUGCCUAUUUGAAAACAGUGUUGAUAAAAUGCCUUUCCUGACUAUAUUGUCAUAGCCCAGAGUAGCAAACCAAUUCUAAGUUUUCCUGAUUAUUCUAAGGAUGAUGGAACUGAACAACACAAAUCAAAGCCUGUAGAGCUAACACCAUGGAUCUGCUCCUAAUUACAAAACUCACUAGGUUAUUUUUUAAGAUCUGGGAAAAACAGUGAUCCCUUCCUCAAUUUCCCAUUGACACUGGGCUACACCAAGUAGUUUGACGCAACUGUUACUCUGCACUGAAUGAAAUACAUGUUUGUGUAUAGCCAGUUAUUGCUUGCAUUUUUCCUUUUUGGAAACUUUGUUUUCAAAGCAAA